CGGUCCGCGCGGGGGCGCUGCCGAGACGCACGGCGCGCCGGGAGGCCGUGCCGGAGCCCGGGGCGCCGGAAGUGACGCAAGCGGAAGUGGCGCCCGGCCGCGUGUUCAGCAGACAUGGCGCACUACAACUUCAAGCGGAUCACGGUGGUGCCGUCGGCCAAGGACUUCAUCGACCUGACGCUGUCCAGGACGCAGCGCAAAACGCCCACGGUGGUGCACCGGCACUACCAGAUCCACCGCAUCCGCCACUUCUACAUGCGCAAGGUCAAGUUCACGCAGCAGAACUAUCACGACCGGCUCGCGCGGGUCCUGGCCGACUUCCCGCGGCUGGACGACAUCCAUCCCUUCUAUGCCGAUCUGAUGAACAUCCUCUACGACAAGGACCAUUACAAGUUGGCUUUGGGACAAAUAAAUAUUGCCAAAAACCUAGUGGACAAUGUUGCCAAGGACUACGUGCGGCUCCUGAAGUACGGGGACUCUCUGUACCGCUGCAAGCAGCUCAAGCGCGCUGCCCUGGGCCGCAUGUGCACCAUCAUCAAGCGGCAGAAGCAGAGCCUGGAGUAUUUGGAACAAGUCAGGCAGCAUCUGUCCCGACUGCCAACCAUCGACCCCAACACGAGGACCCUGCUUCUGUGUGGCUAUCCAAAUGUCGGCAAGUCCAGCUUCAUCAAUAAGGUGACAAGAGCAGAUGUGGACGUGCAGCCCUAUGCGUUCACCACCAAGUCUCUGUUUGUGGGUCACAUGGACUACAAGUAUCUGCGCUGGCAGGUGGUGGACACCCCCGGGAUCUUGGACCACCCGCUGGAGGACCGGAACACCAUCGAGAUGCAGGCCAUCACGGCACUGGCCCACCUGCGCGCUGCAGUCCUGUACGUGAUGGACCUGUCGGAGCAGUGUGGCCACGGACUGAGGGAGCAGCUGGCACUCUUCCAGAACAUCAGGCCGCUCUUCGUCAACAAGCCUCUCCUCGUCGUCGCCAACAAGUGUGACGUGAGGAGGAUCGCUGAGCUGGCUGAGGACGACCAGAAAAUCUUCGCAGAGCUGCAGGCAGAGGGGUAUCCUGUGGUGGAGACCAGCACCCUGACUGAGGAGGGGGUGAUGAAGGUGAAGACAGAGGCUUGUGACCGGCUUUUGGCUCAUCGAGUUGAAGCCAAAAUGAAGGGUAACAAAGUGAACGAGGUGCUGAACCGACUGCAUCUAGCUGUGCCCAACAAGCGGGAUGACAAGGAGCGGCCCCCCUUCAUCCCAGAGGGAGUGGUGGCACGCAGGAAGAGAAUGGACACCGGAGAACCCAAGAGGAAGAGGGAGCGUGACCUUGAGCUGGAGAUGGGGGAUGAUUACGUUCUGGAUCUCCAGAAGUACUGGGAUAUCAUGAAUUCCUCCGAGAAGCACGACAAGAUCCCCGAGAUCUGGGAGGGACACAACCUGGCCGACUACAUCGACCCCGACAUCAUGCAGAAACUGGAAGAGUUGGAGAAGGAAGAAGAGCUCCGAGUGGCUGCUGGGGAGUACGACAGUGAGCCUGAGAGUGAGGAUGAGGAGAUGGCGGAGAUCCGGCAGUUGGCUAAGCAAAUCCGAGAGAAGAGGAAGCUGAAGAUUCUGGAAUCCAAGGAGAAGAACACACAGGGGCCUCGGAUGCCGCGGACAGCCAAGAAGGUUCAGCGCAAUGUCAUGGAGAGUGAGAUGCGUAGCCUUGGAGUUGACAUGGAUGAUAAAGACAGCGCCCAUUACGCAGUCCAGGCCAGGCGGUCUCGCAGCACCACCAGGAAAAGGAAGCGAGAAGACUCUGUCCCGCCCUCCUCCGUGGCCCGUAGCCGCAGUUGCUCGCGAACUCCACGUGAUGUGUCUGGUCUUCGGGACGUCAAGAUGGUGAAGAAGGCCAAGACUAUGAUGAAGAACGCGCAGAGGAAGAUGAAUCGCCUGGGCAAGAAGGGGGAGGCUGACAGACACGUAUUCGACAUGAAGCCCAAGCACCUGCUGUCCGGGAAGAGGAAAGCUGGGAAGAAGGACCGCAGGUAGUGCCCACCCGAGGUACGGCUGGGCGAUCCUCCACGCCGGCCACAGGGUGCGGAGCAAGGCUGUCCGUGGGCAGGAGUGGCCAAGACAUUGCUAUCCAGCGUGGGCACUCUGUAAGGACACAUCAAGCCAGUGAUACUUUCUGCCUUUAAUGGAGUUUUGAUCAGAUUCGUAGAACUGGAAGGAUUUAUUGGUGACAUUGGGGUUUAUUUUUUAUUAUUAUUAUUUUUUUAAUUUUCUUUUUGGGUCACACACAGCAAUGCUCAGGGGUCACUCCUGUCUCUGCACUCAGGAAUUACCCCUGGCCGAGCUCAGGGGACCAUAUGGGAUGCUGGGAAUCGAACCCGGGUCAGCCACAUGCAAGGCAAAUGCCCUGCCCGCUGUGCUACCACUCCAGCCCCGGCAUUUGUUUUUUUAGUGGAGAAAAAAAUCUUACUUUUACACUGCCGAAGAAUAGACCUUUGGAAACAAAAGCCAGGGAGCAGAGAGAUCCUGUCGGGGGUGUAGGGCUUGCCUUGCUUGGCAGCAGAGCCGGCUUCAUUACUGAGCACAGCCAGGCACGAGCCCCACACAGCCACGUGUGUCUUCAAAGCUCUGAGGUGCAGAGUGUGGACAGUCAAGCUUGGCGCCUCCAAUGUGGUCUGCCCAGUGCUCACAGCACGGGCAGGAGCUGCCCUCCCCUCUCUCUGGACCCAGUAGGUAUCGCCAAACAGCCAAAAAUAAUAAUUACAACAAGGCCCAAGAAGACUGCUCAGCAGUACACUCUGGGCCUCUUGCACCUCCGGCUGGUGCCUGAAGCCUUGGCUUUUAAUCCCUGGCACAGGAAAUAACAGUCAAAAUUUUGACAACUGGGGGCCAGAGCAAUAGUACAUAGGGCACUUGCCUUGCAUAUGGCCAACCUGGGUUCGACCCCCAGAAUCCCUUAUAGUUCCCCGAGCACCACCAGGAGUGACCCCUGAAUACCGCCGUGACCUGGAAACAAAACAGCAAAACAAUUUCCAAGUAGGCCAGGGAGAUAACUCAGAGGACUGAAGCAGAUGCUCUGUGUCCAGGGCCCCGGUCAAAGCCUGGCAUUGCAUUGUCCCCAAGGAUUGUGACAGGCAUUUGCCCUGAGUACUACUGACUGUGGCCCCUGAGCCAAAAGAAACAAGAAAUGGGAAAGGUAUACAGGCACUCACAAGUGGGCACAGAAACCCCCAGACACGCUGCCACCUGUCUGCCAACCCCACAGCCUGUGCCCCUGGGAUCUGCCUUCAGCAGCGUUAGCCAAAGAUAGAAGUCCGAGAGAAAAGAUGGGCAUGGGUGCUUUCGUUUUCUUCUUUUCUAAAUGUCAGCUUGGGCUGUUUGGGGGGAGAAAAUGAGAAGGUAAUGUUUUCAAAGCAGAAAAAGCUGGUUUUGAAAUAAAAUGUCUCAAACACA